UUGUUUUAUUUUUGAGUAGGAAAUGAGAAUCGCAAAUUCCCACACACAAUUGAUUGUUGAUUUCAUUUUCCUCUGGCGGAAGCCAUUUUUCGAUCUGUUGGUGUGCUUUCUGGAAAGGUGGUGGAUGGCAAAAAACAACAAGUACGCCUCUAUUAACUUCAACCACAUCUACGAAAAAACCAACACCACCAACCCACACAACAAGAAUCCUUCUCUCUCUUCUUCUUCCGCUUCCUAUUCCGCCGUCUCCGCCCCCAACAAACCCCAUGGCCGCAUCCUCGUCCUAACCCGACCCACUCCCAAACCCAUCACGCCCUCCACCCCGCAACCGCAACAGCAACAACCACCACCGCCGACCCCGAUCCAGCACAACCACCCCCGGUCCGAACCAGGAUCGGACGCGAUCUCGCUCCGACCCCUGGGCCGAACCGGAACCGGUUCACCGCUCUUGUCGCUCCCCGUUGUUUCCAGCCCCGACAAGGACUUGCCCUUGCUCUCUCCUCAGCCGCCCAAGACGGACAAGUUCGUACCGCCACACCUUCGGCCCGGGUUCGUUCCCAGGGAGGAGGCUCCCCCGCCCGGGCCCGAACUUCGGCCCAACGGCCGGCCCAAGUCGGGUGGCGGCCCGGACAGGAUGAGAAGGGUUGGGCCGGGUGGCGUCUCGGAUGCGGGGGUCUUGGGCCGCGGGACUCGGCCCAGUUCCAGUGGAUGAAUGGUGGCUAUGAAGUUGAAUUCUUUUCCGAGGACGAAGACAAACACAUUUUGCUACAGAGAUGGGUUCUCUAUACCAAUUCAGUGCAUGUAUCCUUUGUCCCUCUGGAACUGACAUCAAUUUUCACAUGGCAAAAGAAAUCACAGAAGAUGAAAACUGACCAGGUGGCAGAUUUUCACCACCUAACGUCCCAAUUUAUAGCAAAAUUUGUUGUGCUCAUAGGAGGCUUUAACACCCAAGUUCUUCUGUUGGUGUUUGGUCCUCUUCAACCACGUGCCAAUAGAGAGUAGAAGAAUCUAUAUACAUAUUUUUAAUUCCUAGCUAAACUGUUCUGUUGACUGUUCUGAAAGACAUACCCUCUGUACUUUGAGCAUAAGUUUGAGAGGAGAUCCAAUCGUUUUUAUUGUCUUAUUAUACUUGUUGCAGUUUGUUUGUUAAUUCAGCCAAGACCCGUUCAUUCAUUAGUUACACACUGGCUUGGCCUUUUCAGUUCCUAAAAA